CCUUGUGUAUGUGUUGUUCUUUACACUAAGAAACAUGGCCCUGCUGCAGAUUAAUUUUGAAGAAAACUCUAUCAUCUUCCUCAAGAAAGUGACCUCUGCUCCUUCCACUGGUCCUGUGUUGGCUCCUUACAUGCCUGACAACUUCUGCACCAUCAAGCCACUGUCUUCUGCAGAUGCUAAGGAGGAACGUCUCCUAUUGGACUCCAUUGCUUGGCCUGAGACUCCUCCUCUGCCAGCUCCUUUUUCAUUGAAUCAGACAAGUAAUGCUGCCCACAGCACCUUUACCAUUCUCCCAAGGAGGGGUGGAGGAGAUUGGCAUGUAGGAGACCAGCUGGAAGUUAUUAUACAAAUGUACAACUUCCAAGAAAACCCCAAGAGGUCUGGAGGAGAUGCAAUUGUUGCCCGGUUGCACAACAGGGCACUUGAAGCAGGUGUGGCUGGACAAGUGGUGGAUCUCCUUAAUGGCUCCUACUCUGCUGUAUUCUCUUUACUCUGGGAAGGAAGCGCACAGGUUGAGGUGACCCUUGUCCACUCAAGUGAGGCUGUCACAGUUCUACGUAGGCUAAACAGAGAUCAUCCUGAUAGGGUUCGCUUCCAAAGCGUCUUCCGCUCAGGCUCAAUCUCUGAAUCUACCAUCUGUAAUGUUUGCCUACGCCAAACCAGCCAGCCACAGUGCAACUACACUGACCUCCAUACAGGUGACCCGUGGUUCUGCUACAAGCCAAAGAAUCUGAACUGUGAUGCCAGGUUUAACCACAUGAGAACAGGAUAUAAUAAUAAUGUACUCAAGACCGAAGAGUUGAAGCUGUUUCAAAGGAAUGUCAACCUGAAAGUCUUAAUUCCUGCUUCAGGACCUGCCAGUGUCACUGUGUUGCCACGAAGGAAAGGGCAACCUGCAGUCAAUCAAGACAGUGGGAAGUCUGGACUCUCUGGGUAUUACUACCAGGGUGUGUGGCGAUCACUAUGUGGCUUUAACGUUAACCAAUUCAACAACGACUCUGCAAUCAGCCAGUGUUUGAAAGGCAAGGUGGUCCACAUGUAUGGAGACUCAACCAUCAGGCAGUGGUUUGAGUACCUCAACGCUUCGCUUCCAGAGGCUAAGGCAGUAAACCUGAACAGUCCGAUGCAAGCAGGACCUUACAUGAUAUGGGAAAAUGCAAACAAAAUCAUGGUAACGUACCGCAUCCAUGGUCUUCCUCUUCGGAUUUCAAUAAUACCAACCAGUAAGGAGUGUUACGUUUCCAAAGAACUUGAUACGCUGGUUGGUGGUACCAACACAGUUGUAGUUUUAGGAAUCUGGGCCCAUUUCAGCACUUUUCCAAUUGAACUUUACAUCAGACGGCUUCAGAGCAUCCGCAGGGCAGUGGUCCGUCUGUUGAAUAGGGCUCCUGGCACACUGGUGGUCAUCAGAACUGGGACCCUCCAAGCUAUGCACGUUGGUAAUGUGAUAAGCAAAAGUGACUGGUUCUCGUUUCAGGUGGACAAGGUGCUUAGAGCCAUGUUCAAAGGACUUAAUGUCCAACUGGUGGAUGCAUGGGAUAUGGUUCUUGCUCACUACUUGCCACACAACAUUCAUCCAAAACGUCCCAUCAUUAAGAAUAUGGUUGAUGUUCUAUUGUCCUACAUAUGCCCACAAAAGAAGAGAUAGCUGUUAAUUUCAUGAAGGAAUUUUAACAAUUCAGGAAAAAUGCAGCUCUUGUUGGUAAA